GGCUGGUCGCAGAGGGCGGAGCUCUGUUCCUGCCGUUUGACAGCUGCGAAAUAGAAAAUGUAUAGUGGACAGGCAAUCUGGGGAACCACACAGCUCCAAGGCAACCAUACUAUUACAAGGAAUGGGAUACAGCAUGGCCCUUUAUAGCCUGCGCUUGCCCUCGUAAAUCUGGGCCAACUGGAGAGCACAAACUACAAUAUAAAGGAAAUAAUUAGCUUUCGUUGCACAUAAUCCCUGCAUCUGGGAGGCAUGCAUCGUGCCUUCUCGUUUCCAGUGACUGUGGAGCGCAGUCGAACCAAGGAGCGCCUGGAGGUAUGUGUGGCCGGCCUGUGUGAGCUGGAGCUCCGCAGACAGCGGCAGGAGUGCCUGGUUCUGGGGGCGAUGGCUCUAGGAGACCCGCUGGCCCAGGAAAGCUCCAGAGGAGAGCUGAGAUGUUUCAGCAGCUGGGGCCAGGAAAACUUGACACUGAGACGUCAGCUGAGUGCUCUUCAGAGCUCCCCAUGGGGUCUAAUGCAAAUGCUGGAACAGCAGGUGGGAGAGCUGAGGAUCGGCACUGAUGAUGGCUGCUGCGAUGGAGCCCAAGGAGAAACUGGCAGCAGUCGACCGAGUGCUGAUUUCUGUGAAUCAAAUGAAGGUCAGUUGCCAAAAGGAAAAUUUUGCACCACUGAGCCCACAGAGAACAUCUCUUCCUGGGCUUAUACCAAUGACAGGCCAAAGUCUGUGGGAGACCCCCUAAUGCUAAAUGGAGAAUUUGAUGCACAAUGUCUACACACCACAUUACCCCGCUCUUUCUCUGCUCCUAACCCACCUCUUGAGGGCAUCGCUGAGGAGGGCACAGCCAUGGACUCCUGGCAGUGGGACCCCAGCGGAGACCACGUUGCCUGGCAGCAGCAAAUUGCAGAGGAUCAGGUCACCGAAGAGGACUACCAGCAGGCUUUGAGAGUAGAGGGUUACAUCCUGAGUCUCAUCCAGCGAAAUACCCUCAUACCAAGACCAUGUCAGCCACGUACCACUCUUGGCCCCGACCCCUCAUACUGCAGUGCCUCUGGACAUAGCUCUCUACACAGGAGAACUCCUUCUUUAACCACAGAGCAUUGCCUUUCUGAUCAUUAUCUUCAGCCCCAUAGUGACCCUUCUGCAAACCCUAAGAGCCAGGGAUGGGGUUGUGACCUAGAGUGGGAGGCCCAUCAUGAAGAGGCCCCAUCUUUGGAGGAGGACUGUUAUUUAGCUCUGCCCUACCCCCAGCCCAAUCCAAACUCCCUGGCAGGGAGGCUACCAUCCCCUCUACCCUCACUGGACCAUAACUGUGGAAUUGGGGCUCCUGACCUUUGUUGUGAACCCCCAUCCCCCCAGCAUUAUCUACAUCCACAGCCCCCUAUUCAUCACAUGCACAGUUUAGUCAGUGCUCAGUAUGUCCCUCGACAAGCCUGUCAUGCCCCUGUGUGCUCCCCGAGACAUUACAACCCAGAGCAGCCUAAGUCCAACCGAGUUUUCACAUCUCCUGAUCACCCCAAGUCCAGAGCAUCUAAGAAAAGUCACAGUGAGAGACAGAGAUCCAAGAAAUCAAGCAGUAAAACCAAUCGAUCACAGUCUGAAAACAGCCUCCUGGGUCAGCGGGUGCUUCCAGAGAGGAGGUACAGCACCACAGAGAGGCCCCAAGGCAUAGGUGAUGCCACUCAGAAUCAAAGCCAGCUGGCCGGAUACGAGGUGGGCAACAACAGCCACAAUGAGAGCAGACGCUGGCGGUCUAAUCUGGAGCUCAGCCAAGAUGAGGGGGAGAUCCAAGCAGGGCAGGUACACAGACGACCACCUCGAAAAGUUCGUCAUGGUCCUUCAUAUUCCCAUUCCCAAUCCCAGAACUACCACUCACAGCAGCACACCAAGCUGUGGCAGCAGGACUUGCAGGAAAAUGCACCUCUCUGUCAGGGGGAGGAGGGCUAUGGUGGUGUUGCCCCUGCUGAGUCUGAGUCUAGCAUGAGUGAGGUGUAUUCUCCAGCCUCCAGCUCACUAUCCAGUGACUCAGAUGAGAGUGGGGGGCUGGUGUGGCCCCAGCAGCUGCCACCCCGCCUUGCUUCUACCUCCUCAUCCUCUCCGUCACCACAAGCCACUGGCAAUGCCCCACCUCAAACAAAAGCCUUUGUUAAGAUAAAAGCCUCCCAUGCUCUGAAGAAGAAGAUUCUCAGAUUCCGCUCAGGGUCCCUUAAAGUCAUGACAACCGUAUGAGGAAAAUCAUCAAACUGGCUUUAAACACAUGAUCCUCACUACUGUGUUCUACCUUACUUGGUAACAAAUCCUCUGUCAAAUAUCAGAUCCCAUCUUCAUGUUCAACCUACAGUGUGUGCUUAAUGAGAUUCAUUUACGUUCAUGAACAUGAAUGAUGACGUAUUUAGAGAUCUUUAAUCUGUAUUGUCUGAUUAAAUCCAUCUUCUACUUGACAACCACAAAACUAAUGGGAAUUAAACUGCUCUAAUGGACGAUAACUGAUACCAGUUGAUAUGUACCACCUAGAAGCCAAGGGAGUGAAUAUGCUGCCUGGUUUUUCCUUGAUGUCUGUUGCCCUCAUCAAUAAAUAAUCAAAUAAUUAUACUUCACUUCUAGAGUGUACAGUUGGCUAAAUGCAAGUCCGUAUUACUGAUACUUUGACCAGAUUAGAAACCUUUGAGAUGUCAUUACUCUAGAAACUAGAUUAAAAACUUAAUGGCACAGACCUUCCAACAAAUUUAGGUAAAUUUGCUGGGUCCAAAUUUCCUAAUAAGAUUGUAUAAAUUUUUAUUCAAAGAAUAUUUGGUGCUAGUAGUAAAGAAAACAGGAAUUUAUUUGAUGUAUUCAAAUCCAAGCAAAUGUUGACUUCAAAUUGGAAAAAAGCUACUAUUAAAAUUUCACAUUUUGUAUCAUUAGCUGUCCUUGCUGCAGUGACUAAAAAUCUUGAAAUGUUGGAGUUCAUUAACUAGAAAUGUGCUAAUGAUCAUCUCCAUAGUCCUACAAAUCUGUAUCAAAUGACAUGGCUCCUUUCAGGGAAUUCAUGAAAAUGAUUUAGAAAUGGUUAGCAUAUUGUUCCAAAUGUGGUAACAGCACUUAUCCUAUAGAAACUCUCUCCUUCGUACCGAACUGAAUGAACGUGUUUAAAUUUGGUUUCCUACAGACUCAAAAAUCAUGUGCCAAUUGUGAGUCUCUCAGCAGAGCAUAAAUGUAUGCCUGUUUAUUUUCAGCCAUUACUGAGCUCCUCUUAGUGUGUCCCAGUUUCACUGCAGUGAACUUCUUUCUACCUCUGUUCUGCAGCCAGUGAGCAUAAAUAAUCAGACAACUAUGAGUCAGGGAUGGAUUUAUUAGAGGCUGUACCAAGACCUGUGUACAUUCAUGCAUGCAUGUUUAAAGUCACAGAUUCCCUGAAACAGUGGGACCCCGACCUACACACUGUAAAUAAGUAUGUGGCCUUGUUUGGAGUGAAUGUAGUUUGUAAAUAAA